AUGUUUAAAAAUUCAAAAACAUUUAAGAUUGAAGAUUUAGAUCCAAAAUUUUUAAUAUCACUUUCUACUCUUGUUAUAGAAAAAUAUGAAAAGAAUAAGAAUUUUUUUGAUAUAAUAAAAGAUAAAGGAAAGUUAUUAAACAAGUUAGAUUCAUUGUUUAUUAAAAAAUUCAUAGGUGAUUAUUUAGAAGAUUUUAAAAAUAUUGGAAUUGACUAUAUGAAAAUAAUUCUAAAUGAAAAUGAUGUAAUUAAAAGACAAUAUAACACUAAAUUAAUCAUUUUAUUUAGCUUUUAUAAUUUCUUUAAGAAUAAUAAAAAUAUAAUGAAACUAAAGAAAUAUGUUCAAUUAGUAAAAGAGGGAAUUAAAAAUCAAACUUUUACUUCUCAGAUUGAUAUGUUUUUUAAAAAAUCAAAUGAAAAAUUGAAGGAUCAAGAAAACAUAGAAAUAUAUUUUAAUCUACUAUUAGAAUUAAUUGAAUCACAAAUUUAUAAUUUUAUAGCUUUUAAAAUGGAUGUGAAAAAUGGUGAUAAACUUUAUUCAAAUUUAAGAAAUAUUUUAGAAUAUAAAAAGUUAGAAAAAGAGGAAAUAAGUAAAAUUAUAAAAGCUUUAAACGAACGAGGACCACAUUCAAAAUUAUCUGCUUACAGAUGUUUAGUAUUUCCAAAAGUUAAGUUUAUUGAACUUAGCUUUUCAUCCCUUUUAAAAACAAUAAAGGUAAUAAAAGAAAACCCAUUUAAGUAUGAAAUUUUUAAAAGCAGAAUGAUAAUAAAACUUUGCCAGCUACACAAUUUAGAACGUUUAACCUUUUAUAAAAAACAUUAUCAUGUGUUCUUUGAUGAUUUUUUAUUUAUUUAUUCUUUUUUUAAUCUAAUAAGUAAGGAUUGUCAUGAUGAAAAAAUAUUUAAUUGGAUUUGUAACUUUAUUGAUAGAAAUUAA